CCUUGCACCUGUUCUCGGCCUCCGCCGCCGCCAUCGCCGCCAUGCAGUCCCGGGAAGAGGCUCCGCGCUCGCGCCGCCUCGCCAGCCCCCGCGGCGGGAGGCGGCCCAAAAGAAUUUCCAAGCCGUCGGUGUCGGCUUUUUUCACCGGCCCGGAGGAACUGAAGGACUCGGCGCACUCGGCCGCCCUGCUGGCCCAGCUCAAGUCCUUCUACGAUGCGCGGCUGCUCUGCGAUGUGACCAUCGAGGUGGUGAUGCCUGGCAGCGGGCCGGGCACGGGGCGCCUCUUCUCCUGCAACCGCAACGUGCUGGCCGCCGCCUGCCCCUACUUCAAGAGCAUGUUCACGGGCGGCAUGUACGAGAGCCAGCAGACGAGCAUCACCAUGCACGACGUGGACGCCGAGUCUUUCGAGGUGCUGGUGGACUACUGCUACACGGGCCGGGUGCUGCUGAGCGAGGCCAACGUGCAGCGCCUGUACGCCGCCUCCGACAUGCUGCAGCUUGAGUACGUGCGCGAAGCCUGCGCCUCUUUCCUGGCCCGCCGCCUGGACCUGAGCAACUGCACGGCCAUCCUCAAGUUCGCCGACGCCUUUGACCAUCACAAGCUGCGCUCGCAGGCCCAGGCCUUUAUCGCCCACAACUUCAAGCAGCUGAGCCGAAUGGGAUCGAUCCGGGAAGAGAGCCUGGCCGACCUGACCCUGUCCCAGAUGCUCACCGUCCUGCGCCUGGACGGCCUGGACAUUGAGAGCGAACGGACAGUGUGCCACGUGGCGGUGCAGUGGUUAGAGGCUGCCCCCAAGGAGCGUGGGCCCAGCGCCGCCGAGGUCUUCAAGUGCGUCCGCUGGACUCACUUCACCGACCAGGACCAGGAUUACCUGGAAGGACUGUUGACCAACACCAUUGUGAAGAAGUACUGCCUCGACCUCAUUGAAGGGGCCCUGCAGAUGCGGUAUGGGGACAUUCUGUACAAGGCUUUGAAGCCUGAGACCAGUAGCAGCAGCAGCAGCAGCAGCAGCAGCAGCAGCAGCAGCAGCAGCUCCGUUGUACCUGCCGUGGAAAUCCCGCCCCAGAGACUCGGGGUGUGUGCCAAAAAGAUGGUGAUCUUCUUCGGACAUCCCAGAGAUCCGUUUCUCUGUUAUGACCCUUAUUCAGGGGACAUUUACACAAUGCCCUCACCUCUGACCACCUUGGCCCACACUAAGACCAUUACCUCCUCUGCGGUCUGUGUAUCUCCGGACCAUGACAUCUACCUUGCUGCCCAGCCCAGGAAAGACCUGUGGGUGUAUAAGCCAGCCCAGAACAGUUGGCACCAGCUGGCUGACCGCUUGCUCUGCCGGGAGGGCAUGGAUGUGGCCUACCUCAAUGGCUACAUUUACAUCUUGGGUGGACGAGACCCCAUUACUGGAGUUAGACUGAAGGAAGUGGAGUGCUACAGUGUCCAGAGGAACCAGUGGGCACUGGUGGCCCCUGUACCCCAUUCCUUCUAUUCCUUUGAACUAAUAGUGGUUCAGAACUAUCUGUAUGCUGUCAACAGUAAGCGCAUGCUUUGCUAUGAUCCAAGUCAUAAUAUGUGGCUCAACUGUGCUUCUCUUAAACGUAGUGACUUUCAGGAAGCCUGUGUCUUCAAUGAUGAGAUCUAUUGUAUCUGUGACAUCCCUGUCAUGAAGGUCUACAAUCCAGCCAGGGGAGAAUGGAGGCAGAUUAGUAAUAUUCCCUUGGACUCAGUGACUCACAACUACCAGAUUGUUAACCAUGGCCAAAAGUUGCUGCUCAUCACUUCUACUACUGCACAGUGGAAAAAAAACCGGGUCACAGUUUAUGAAUAUGAUACUCGGGAAGACCAGUGGAUCAAUAUAGGUACCAUGUUAGGACUUUUGCACUUUGACUCUGGCUUUAUUUGCCUCUGUGCUCGUGUUUAUCCCUCCUGCCUUGAACCUGGCCAGAGUUUUCUCACUGAAGAAGAUGAUGCUCGGAGUGAGUCUAGUACUGAAUUGGAUUUAGAUGGACUCAGCGAUCUGGACUCUGAGUCAGGAAGUUCAAGUUCAUUUUCUGAUGACGAAGUCUGGGUGCAGGUUGUACCUCAGCGAAGUGCACAGGAUCAGCGGGGUUCUUUGUAAAUAUUUUGAAACACUAAGAUGUUACUACUGUUAUGGAAUAUAUCUUUUAAAAAUAUUCUUUUUUCAUGAAAAUAAAAGUAGAUUAGGACCACUGAUUUGGUUUAGAAACGUAAAAAGAAUUACUAAUAUUACAAAAUUUUAAACAGCACAAAAUCAACUUGUUUAUUGUUGUACUAAAAGUUUGGGGUUGAAAUAUACAAAAAUGAGCUAUAUAAUUUGUUAGGAUGCUUGGUCAUUUUUUCACUGUUAAAGUACUCAGUGCACUUGUGGAUUGUUUUGCUUAGUUACUGUGUGUUUAUCUUUUGAUUAAUUUAGAUUUCUGUUCACUUUUAAAAUUCUAUUUAGUGCUGCAAAGAAUAUAAUUUUUAAGUAGAAAUUGUUGGUAGAGCUUUGAAAGGCCUCUUUUUUUCUUUCAGAAUAAUGAAAGUAGUACAUACCCCCAAUUUUAUAUUAUUUCUUGGCAGUCUAAGUUAAUACAGCUUAGCAUUUGGUUUAGUUUUCUUCCCUCUGCUAAGAAAAGAAAAAGGACUAUAUUAGAACUGGAAAAAUACAUUCACUUGCCUUGCAUGCAGUGAACCCGAGCUGGAUAUCUGGCACCACAUGGUCUCCCAAGCUUCUUGUCAAAAACCUACACCCCUCGAAAAAGGGGUAUAUAUAGAAAGAGGUUAUUGAAUGAUGAUUUUAAUUUAAUAAUGUAUAGAAUGGUCUUAAAAGCUCACAGAAUGUAAAAAUCAGGAUUUCCCUAUUUCAAAAAAAGUAGUUUGUUUUAUUUAAACCCUCUAAACACCACUUCUCAUCCCUGCAAAUAAGUAACAUUUCUUUUUUUUUUCUUUUUUUCUUUGGUUUUUGGGUCACACCUGGCAAUGCUUAGGGGUUAUUUCUGGCUUUGCACUCAGGUAUUGCCAUUGUCAGUGUCGGAACCUUGUGGAUGCUGAGGAUCAAACCGGGUAGGCUACGUGCAAAGCAAACGUCCUACCCACUGUAUUAUCCAUCCAGCCCCACAUUUCAUAGAUUCAUAUCUUUCAUCUGUAUCUUUCAUUUGAAUCAGCGGAACAGUCAUUUUUGUCAUUGGACAUAUGGCUGGGCGGUGUUAAGAUUUCAAUCUAUUGGUUAUGCCUUAUUUUAAAAAGAGUAUAUAGUUAAAAUAUUUUAGCUGUAUCAUUUUGGUGUUCAUCUUAGAUUUUUUAGCAGGAAGUGAUUUAUUCUUUAUUGGUUUUGUGAAAUACUAUAGGUUUUGAAAUAUAUAUAAAGUUUUACUAAGAUCAGUAAUAUGUCAUCAGCUAUAAAAUUAAAUGCCAGAAGUGAAAAUAUUAAAACUUUAAGCUGUGUGUAGAACUCUUUUGUGUGGGACUGACUAUUGUCAGUUUUAUAAGUCACCGUAAAUAAUUAUUAGCUCAAAGAUUUUUUUUAUUAAAAAUUGACAAAGAAUAAAAAAGGAUGAUGGCAUUUGGGGUCAAUAGUGAAGGAAUGUUUCCUCUACAGUAUUUCCCUAAGCAGUGGUAUACUAUACAUGGUUAUUUUAUUAUGUCACUUGUGCAUACUUUGUGUAUUUCUCUCUAAACCAUGUGUCCAGAAAUAGAGAGUAAAUUGCACAAACAUUGUUAAAUACUGGGAAAUGUAAGUACAUACCUUUUGAGGAACAGACACAUGUGGUUGUUAGAAUAUAAGCAAAUGGUAAAUGGUGAUAUUUGUUUAGGUAGAAUUUUUUUUCUGUACAAUUAUUUACAAUUAUCUCCUUGAAUCUUUGGUCAGUAAUUUGUUAAUCCUUCCUCUUAUGUUUAUAUUCUAGCAAUCAAAUGCUAACAUUUCUUAUACUCAAGAAUACUGCUGAUAAGUGUGUUAAGAGAUGAGGGACUGAAAUUUUUUCCCUCCCUUUUUUUUUUUGGUGGGGGGACGAGUCUUGGGGAUCUCAGGGCCUCACAAAUCCAAGUGAGCUACCACUAAACUAGCUCCAGCCCUAGGAAGUAAAUUUUGAACAUAAAAGGAGUGAGGAAGAAAGAAAAGGAUUAUAAAUUCUGUUUUCUUAGCAUUUGGACUGACCAUUAAAAGCGUGCACUGCACAUUCCUUUUUAACAUUAUUCCUAGUGAAAUUAAGAUUCUUCCUGUAGAGCACUAAGUGUUCUUCUAAAGGGCAAACAAGCUUUAGUGGCCCAAGGCUAAUUUUUGUUCCAUUUGAUGUCAGGGACAUUUUAAGCACUGCUCAAAUACAAAACUAUUUCUUUAUAGUAUUGUUGGGGAUUUUUUGGCCAACUCUCUUUACCAAUAAAUUUCUUGUUGAUAGCUUUUUGUUUUGUAUGGUUGAAAUGACAAUGCUGAUCUCAGAUUAUUCAUCUGUAUAAAUAAGAUAUUCAACCGGUUUAUAAAAGAAACUUACUUCCAAGUUGUUACUUCUCAACCUUUGAGUUUGGUAUAAGCUAAAUAGAAGUAACUUUAAGAGCUAUAUUGAGGAUUUUGAUUUUGUGAUAUAUUUGUGAAUUAUUAUUUUAUAGAUGUGAUUUGUAUAUGGUUAAUUACAAAUAAAAGAGACACUAG